UGCUAUAAAAGAGCCCCGUCCUGAACACCAGGCACUUCACCUCACUCUGAGCUCCAGCUUCACCAGACGCACCAUCUCCUUCUUACCCAGCCUAACCAUGAGCAGAAACUACAUGUCCAAGUUUGAUGAGCUCCGCAAGGGAGACUACCUUAUGUCCAACAACCACGAGUGGAAGGCUGUCUUCCAGGAUGAUGGCAACUUUGUCAUCUACGGCUGGAAGCCCAUGUGGAACUCGGACACAGCCGGCCAGCGUGAUGCCCACCGCCUGUGCAUGCAGGACGACUGCAACUUCGUCAUGUACAAGAGGGACAACAAGAUGAUGUGGCAGACCAAGAGCCAGGCCUCCGGCGGCUUCAAGACCUGCCGCAUGUGGCUGCGCAACGACGGUACCAUGGUGGUGGAGAGGGAUGGGGAGGAGGUGUGGUCCUCUGCCCAGUCCAAGGGCUUCAAGUAAAGAGUGUGGCCCCGUAGGCUGUGACUCCUCCUCAGCGGGGGUUGGGCCAAGGAUGAACCGCCCUGCCUGUGGAUUCUUACAUGUUUCUUCUUGCUCAAUAAAACUUGAUGGAAAAAUAAUAA